AUGGCUUCCAACGCGACUGCGGUCAAGCAGGCCGUCAAGGAGUCGCUGAUGGGCGCGGAGGCGCCGCCUGCACAGCUCUCCUCGCAGAGCAAGGCGCGCUUCACCUCCAAUGCCAUCAAGGACGACGCUGGCGAGCUCUACAUGGGCCCUGACCAGUUUAUUAAUGCCAUUGCCCCCAAGGGGGCCGACUUUCACAAGAUCCAGCGCGAGCAGUACAUGAUCCUCUUUGGUGUCGCGGACCGCACGGGCAAGGGCAAAGUCACCCUCGGCGACUGGUCCGUCUUUGAUCACCUCCUGGCCAAGCCCGACGCCGAGUACGAAAUCGCCUUCCGCCUCUUUGAUGUGGAGCGUACCGGCAACGUCAAGUACGAAGACUUCCGCCGCCUCUACGAGCUCAACAAGGGCCCCGAUCACAUCCCCUUUGACUGGGACUGCGAGUGGGCUAAGCUCUACAUUGGCUCCCGCACAAAGCGCCACAACCUCGACUACAACCAGUUCUCCCAGAUGCUGCGCGGUCUUCAGGGCGAGCGCAUCCGCCAGGCCUUCCAGCUCCUCGACAAGGACGGCGAUGGCUACAUUGAGCCCGAACAGUUUGAGCGCAUCAUCCUCGAGACCUCCAAGCACAAACUCUCCGACCAUCUCCUCGACAACCUCCACACUCUCUGCAACGUCUCCCAGGGCUCCAAGAUCUCCUACGCCAAUGUCCGCGCUUUCCAGAACAUGAUUAAGGAGAUGGACCUGGUUGAGCACAUUGUCCGCCGCGCCGUCGCCAGCAGCCCCGACGGCAAGAUUACCCGCUCCGAGUUCCUUCAGCAGGCCGCCAAGAUCACCCGCUUCUCUCUCUUCACACCCAUGGAGGCCGAUGUCCUCUUCCACUUUGCCAGCAUCGACGAGCCCUCCGGCCGCCUCGGCCUCCAGGACUUUGCAAAGGUCCUCGACCCGGCCUGGCGCAACCGCUCCCUGGACGAGGAUGCCGCCGCAGCUGCCGCUAAAAAGGCUGCCGAAGCCGGUCACACCGUUCUGUCCAGACUCGCCGAGUCCUCCUUCAACUUUGCCCUCGGUUCGCUCGCCGGUGCCUUUGGUGCAUUCAUGGUGUACCCCAUCGAUCUCGUAAAGACCCGUCUCCAGAACCAGCGUGGUGCCCAGCCCGGCCAGCGCCUGUACAAGAACUCCAUCGACUGCUUCCAAAAGGUCUUCCGCAACGAGGGUAUCCGCGGUCUCUACUCGGGUGUUCUGCCCCAGCUUGUUGGUGUUGCUCCCGAAAAGGCUAUCAAGCUCACUGUCAAUGACCUUGUCCGCGGCUGGACCACCGACAAGGGCGGCAAGAUUACUCUACCUGCCGAGAUUAUCGCUGGUGCCAGUGCCGGUGCCUGCCAGGUCGUCUUCACCAACCCUCUCGAAAUCGUCAAGAUUCGCCUGCAAAUCCAGGGUCAGGUCGCCAAGACGGUUGACGGCGCCCCCAAGCGCUCCGCCAUGUGGAUCGUGCGCAACCUGGGUCUUGUCGGUCUCUACAAGGGCGCUUCGGCCUGUCUGCUCCGUGACGUCCCCUUCUCCGCCAUUUACUUCCCCACCUACAGCCAUCUGAAGAAGGACUUUUUCGGCGAGUCCUCGACCAAGAAGCUGAGCAUUCUCGAGCUGCUCACGGCCGGUGCCAUUGCCGGUAUGCCUGCCGCCUACCUGACGACACCCUGCGACGUGAUCAAGACCCGUCUGCAGGUCGAGGCCCGCAAGGGUGAGGCCCAGUACACUGGUCUCCGCCACGCCGCCAAGACCAUUAUGAAGGAGGAGGGCUUCACUGCCUUCUUCAAGGGCGGCCCUGCCCGUAUCUUCCGUUCGUCACCGCAGUUUGGUUUCACCCUCGCUGCCUACGAGCUUCUGCAGAAUGUCGUUCCCUACCCCGGCAAGCCCAAGGAGCAGGUUCUCGCCCCCGACGCUUCGCUGUCUGCCGCCUCCAAGUUCGAUGCUAGCAUGUUUGCCCGCAGCCGCAACGCCCUCAAGAUUAUUCUCGACGUUGACGAGGACUUUGGCCGCUUCCGCAACCCCACCGACAAGGGAUGGCAGGCCCUGCCCAAGGCCAUUGGCGGCGGCGGCGCUGCUGCCGCUCAGUAA